ACAGUUCAAUAUUUCCAAUCCCCACGCGAACAAAUUGCAUUUAAAAAGCGGCAAAAAUACAGACAUUUUUCCUUGUUCUUCGCAAUAAUGUCAAAAAGUAAAGUAAGUGCCGAGUGGAAAAGACGCGUAAAGCAAGAAUACGUCCGUUUACGACAGAUUAAACGCUAUAAACGUGCCGAUGAAGUAAAAGUAACUUGGAAUCACAAUCGCAAUAAAAUGACCGAUAUCCUCAUCGAAGAACAAAAACGUUGGACGGAAAGCAAAUCGGUUUGGGUGAAUUUUCUCGAUCAUCCCGUUCACGUAACAUGUAUGAAGAAAGCGGAAGUUGUUGGAAAUGAGGGUGAUGUUCAGGUAACGCCAAUUAAAAUUAUCAAUGCAGUUACACCCAUUCCUACAAUGUAUACAUGGGCUCCCAUUCAACAAAACUUUAUGGUUGAAGAUGAAACUGUUUUGCAUAAUAUUCCUUAUAUGGGCGAUGAGAUUCUUGAUCAAGAUGGAACGUUUAUUGAAGAAUUAAUAAAGAAUUAUGAUGGAAAAGUUCAUGGGGAUAGAGAAACAGGGUUUAUAGAUGAUCAAUUAUUUGUGGAAUUGGUUCAUGCUUUAAUGCAGUUUCAAGAGAAAGAUAAAAAAGAAAGAAAUAAGGAUGAUAAGGAAGAUAAAAAAGAGGAUUUAGAAUUUCCUAUUUUUACAAUUUUUCAAGCCAUUUCAUCUCAGUUUCCUGAUAAGGGUCGUCCGGAAGAGUUAAGAGAAAAAUAUGUUGAGCUUACGGAAAGAAUGGACCCAAAUGCUUUACCACCUGAAUGUACCCCGAAUAUUGAUGGACCAACUGCAGAAUCUGUGCCAAGAGAACAAACUCUUCAUUCAUUUCACACUCUUUUUUGUAGACGUUGUUUCAAAUAUGAUUGCUUUUUACAUCGUUUACAAGCUUGUCAUCCUGGUCCAAAUUUGCAAAAACGGCGUGGACCUGAUUUGAAACCUUUUAAUGAACCGUGUGGUGCCAACUGCUAUAUGAACUUGGAUGGUGUAAAAGAAAAAUUAGCAAAACAAGAACAAGAUGAAAGUGAAAAGGUAAAAGAUAAAAAUAUAAAAGACGGUGAUUGUAGCAAACUUUCAAAUCCAAGGAAGAUUUGUAAACAACAAAGUGUUGACUCUGGCAACGAAGCAAGUUCUGAAGAUAGUAAUGAUAGUAACAAAUAUAAUAAAGAUUCAGGCGAUGGAAACCCUGUAUCAACUACGACAUCAUUUAGCCUUUUGGGUUUAAUGGGCGAUAAUGAUCAUUGUGAAUGGACGGGAUCUGAUCAAAGCCUUUUUCGGGCUUUACAUAAAGUGUUUUUAAAUAAUUAUUGCGCUAUAGCUCAAAUUAUUUUAACCAAAACAUGCCAACAGGUUUAUCAUUUUGCUCAAAAAGAAGCUGAUGACAUCCAUCAGAUUGAAGAAUCUAUGAAGGAUUAUACACCUCCAAGUAAAAAGAAGAAGAAACAUCGACUUUGGUCUAUGCACUGUCGCAAAAUACAAUUGAAAAAGGAUUCGAGCAGUAAUCACGUUUACAAUUUUACACCUUGCGAUCAUCCUGGACAACCUUGCGACGCGCAUUGUCCGUGUAUUAGCGCUCAAAACUUUUGCGAAAAAUUUUGUCAAUGCAGUUCCGAUUGUCAAAAUCGUUUUCCGGGUUGUCGUUGUAAAGCCCAAUGCAACACGAAACAAUGUCCUUGUUAUUUAGCCGUGCGAGAAUGCGAUCCGGAUCUUUGCCAAACUUGCGGAGCCGAUCAAUUUGACGUUACGAAAAUUAGUUGUAAAAAUGUUAGCGUGCAACGUGGAUUACAUAAACAUUUAUUAAUGGCACCGUCUGAUGUAGCUGGUUGGGGUAUCUUUUUGAAAGAUAGCGCUCAAAAGAAUGAGUUUAUUUCUGAAUAUUGCGGUGAGAUAAUCUCUCAAGAUGAAGCAGAUAGGAGAGGAAAAGUUUAUGAUAAGUACAUGUGUAGCUUUCUUUUUAACUUAAAUAAUGAUUUUGUUGUUGAUGCUACAAGAAAAGGGAAUAAGAUUCGUUUCGCGAAUCAUUCAAUUAAUCCAAAUUGUUAUGCUAAAGUUAUGAUGGUUAAUGGCGAUCACAGGAUUGGAAUUUUUGCUAAACGGGCUAUUCAACCUGGUGAAGAAUUGUUCUUUGAUUAUAGAUAUGGACCUACUGAGCAAUUGAAGUUUGUUGGUAUAGAACGUGAAAUGGAAUUUUUGUAAUUGAUUUUACUUUUUUAACUUUUUUUUAAUUGUUUUAAAUACAUUCCUAGAACAGUAAUAAGCAAAAUAUAGCAAACUGUUUUAAAAGGAGUAAUUAUUAAACAACUUUUAGAAUUUAA